GUCCAGUCACUCGAUGAAGUCGCCUUCUCGCGAAGUGUAAAUAGCAUGUACGAAUUUUGAGCCCAUUAGUCUUUAGCGUGUGGAUUUGCCCUUUUAUUUUUCCAAGAGCGGGGUUAUGUUUGCACUAACCUUAGUGAGGCAUGGGGAAACGCUGCACAACAAGGACAACGUUAUUCAAGGCCAGCUGGACGUGCCACUGUCCAGCAUCGGCUUGGAGCAGGCGGAACUCCUGGGCAAGCAUUUGCAGCAGCACAAGUUCACCCAUGUCUACAGCAGUGACCUGUCCAGAGCCAAGCAGACGGCGAUGAGCAUCCUGCAGAUGAACCAGGUGACCGUCAGCCCCAUUGCAGAGGACCAGCGCCUAAGGGAGAGGAAGUUUGGGUCAGUGGAAGGCCGCAGCUUCUGCUACCUGCGGGAGGCCUCCAACAAGGCGAACCAGUCGGUGGGCUCCUACACGCCCCCGGGAGCCGAGACCCUGGCGCAGGUGCGGCAGCGGGCGGUGGCCUUCUUCAACGACCUCUGCCAGCUCCUGCACGGCUCGUCCCCGGCCGAUGACCGCGAGAACCUCAGCCCCAGCAAGCGCAAGCGAGGCGACGACCCACCCUCCCCGCCCCUCUCCCCACCUCCUCCCCCGUCGGCCUCGCCACCCCCGGCCCCGCCUACCUUUGCGGACGACCUCAUCCGCGCCUCCCUCAACCCCGGCGGCAACGCCCCCCCGCCAAGCCACGCCGCCCCCAACGUGUCCCUGUCGCCGCUCGCGGAGCAGUCGCCACGCAAGCUCUCGGCGUGCAGCUCGGACGACGCGGGCGACGGCGGAGCGCUGCUCGCGAGCGUGCUCGUGGUGAGCCACGGCGCCCUGCUCCGCGAGAUGGUGCGCCACUUGGUGGAAGACCUCGGCUGCUGCGUGCCGGGGGGACGGGGCCAGGCGCUGCGCAUCAGCCCCAACGCGGGACUGUCCAAGUUCACAGUGUCGGGCAGCGGGGAGCGGCCCCGCGUCGUCUGCCACCUCAUCCACGACAAGCAGCACCUGUUCGGCGGCGGCUACGGCUACGGCUUUGGCCAGGGCGCGGCGGCGGGGCAGGACUCACGCGGCCGGCUUCAGGCGGUGGAGGCGGCCGGCCUCUCGGUGGACGCUACUGCGCUCUAGUGGGGGGUUUUCUCGGGAGGCAGGCGAGUGCAUCGUCGCAGCGACGGGAGUCUGGUGUUUGCGGUGGUCUCUCUCAGUAAGCCGUGGGACGGUCGCCAAAAGGUGAGGUGCGACGGGGCAUCUUUUCUUUUACACUAGAUUUUAUUGCACGAGUUUGCUGCUUCGAAUUGUCCCCGGCAAUCGGACGUCGCGCGUUCGAAAGAGCGGCGGCCUCGUGCUAAAGCCUGAAUGAUAAAAAAAAAUACAAAAGAACUUGUUGUCGCUCCAACCCCGCUGGCGACCCUGGCGUUAAUUUGCGUUCCUCGUCUUUCUUUUCGUAGCCGUCUUGCUGUUGUGUCCUGUUCCUCGCCUUCGGCGAGGCAGUGGAAGAAUUACUCGACGAUAUGGAUACGCAGAAGCCGUCUGGUGAUCGCAAAUGUUGUCAGAUUUCUUUUUUUUUUUUUUUUACUGGUGUACGAAAACGGGUAGCGUUUGAAGUGCAGACAAGAAACUGGUCUUAAAGGAAAUGGGAACAGCUCGGCUGUCACCCUCGCUCGCUUAUCAAUUCUUUCGCGUUCAGCUGCCGUGUCGUCGUCUUGCAGGAGUUUUGUUGCCGUACUGCUGUUUGCGCUAGAGCUUUGUGUGAUUCGAAACUGGCAACGCGAGGAUAAUGGCACCAUUUUUUCACCUCGUGGUGCAACUGUCCAAGAGUUCCGAUUACUCUGUGACGUGCGCUUUGGUCGCGCCACUGCCCGCGAUGGCGUUGGCGACUUGUUUCCUUGCUCCCUUUACCGUUGACACGACUGCGCAGCCCUCAACGAUAGCGGUUACGUUGUUCGGCCGAAGCCCUGGAGCGGGGAAGCUGCGUUCGGAGCUUGGCACUUGUGUUGUUGGUGAGUCGGUGUAAAGACUGUUCCUCAUUAAUGGUUGUUAUUGGUCAUUGGAGACGCCGAGCUGGUACGCAUUCGGUUCGGUUACAUCCUUCGUGCGCUUCCUUCGAAAUGUCCACAUAAGCCAAAAUUUGAAGAGGAGAGGCUUGAGCCAGCAUUUUGCUGAAACUCUCGGCUUCUACUGCCUUGUGCAUUUUGCUUUGACGCGGGAAGAAACGUUCGCGCCUGGGUCGCAGACUGCGUUCGGUACCAUUUCAGAGAUAUGUUGUAAACUUUGUCUCUGAAGCAGUUAGUUGAGCUUAGAAUUAAGAAAGGGACUUUCAUUUUCACUUUUCUCGGCAUUUCCGUGUAGUCGCUUUCUGCCGAUAAAUUCAAUGAGCCCAGUGAACGAACCAGGAGCUACACUUUUUCCUUCUGGGACAAAAGGAUUGGCGACUACUGUUACACAAGCUUUCGCGUUUGGGUCGGUGGAUCACUGUGCAACUGCGUUUGAGGGAUGUUUUGCAAAUGCACAAGCUUCCUUGACAAAGUACUUAAGAUUCUCAAUAUUUUUUUCCUGGUUAUGCAAACUGCUCAUUUGACUGAUUUCUUAUCUCGUUUACGCUGUGUAUCAGCGUGCGACAUUGCAUCCCAAUUUUAAAGCCUCGUAGGGUUUAUGUGUUGCAUUGUCAGUUUGUUACGAGAGGUGUUCCCCACUCUGCCAUGCUCAAGUAUUCAUGUCAAGCCUAACAACCUCCAGCAUUGUAAAACACACUCACUGUGUGCAACACAGUGCCCCAGAUGAGACUUCCAAGUUUUUGGGAACUGUACCACACGGUUUGCAAACGGUUGUUUGGUCACCCCAUGGCAACAUUGCGAGACAUGGACGUAAAUCGAGCUCUCACUGUUACGGCACCCAAGACCUGGGCAAGCUGACAUCUUGGAACCUGAGGCUCGUGUAAAGCGACGAAAAAAAAAAUGAAUGGAGGAUGCGUUUCUGCUCCCUGGCUCGUGUCUCCGAAUUAAUGGCGUUGGAUUGAGAGACACUAGAGGAAGCCGAUCCAGGCCAAGCUAAGCCCAAUGAACCAGGCUUCGCUUACCCCUGUUUGAGGCAGAGCAAACUUGGCCGUCUGCUUUUCCGUUUUCUUUUUCAGUCAUGUUCAGGGAAGCGGAGGUAGGCUAGGCACUUAGAUUUUCUAAAGCUAUGCGGCGAACGCUAGAAUCGGCGCACUUUUGGAGGCGUCGCUUGCAAGACUGUUCGCCGUCGUGACAUUUUCCUGCAUCUCUAAAGACAUCCGUCAGGCUUGCGAAUUAUUUUUAAAUCUUGCCGCAGAUUUUGGGCAAAUCUUCAUUCGCUCUCGUACGAGACGGCUUCGGACAUGCCCCCCGCGCGUUUGGCUUUCCUUCCGAACUUGGAAUGUAGUCCACAAAUGACUUCCAAUUGCAAUUUCCAAGUUUCCUUUUCCGGUUUUCACGUCAAGUGUUUAAAACGAGUCCUUGAUUGUCCAUUUAGCGAUGACAUAUGCCGUGUGUAAAUUGCCACGCAACGGUUGCUUCGCGACACCUGCUGCAACCGCGCUCCCUUUCAAACUGUCCUUGUAAGAAGAGGGACAAAGGUCGAAAUUAUUUUGAGCGCCACCACUGCCGUCGCGCAAGGCUCGACGCCUCAAAUUCGCUUGUCCUUCAAUUGGCUUCUCUGGCAGAGGCUCCAAUUGGUCGUCGCCCAAGCCACUUGGUGACUGAUGCAUGAAGUGUAUGCAUCCUUUUCGAAGAUCGUUCCCACAGCUGCCAUGUGGUUGGUCCGUGAACCGACGGAGUGCAGUUUAACGUUUUAUAAUGUGUCGAACACUUUCUCCAGUCGCGAAUCUGGUUGGUGCCAUGCGAGCCGCAUGUUUGCUGUUUGUGCGUGGCAAGGCUCGAGAACACCGGGGAUCCGUCUUCCAAAGGAUGUCUCCAAUGCCUUUCCCUCCUGCGACGCGGCGCAGUUGUCGUGGUUGUGUAGUUCUGCACGUGUUUGUUCCAUCUUCCGGCCCACCCAACUUCGCUGUUUGCCCGACAUGCGCCUCGUAACGCCAGGGGAAAAGCUUUUUGCUUGAAAGUAAAACUCACAAUAACGCUUCGUUCCCAUGAGGCUCGUUUUAUGCUGCGUUCGGACGGGUUGCACUUUACUGAGACGAAAGACUCCUGCCAUGCAGAGGUGGCCCGCCCUCCCUGUAAAAUUGGGUCCACCCAGUCGCGUGCCAGACGCUCCAAGAAGGUAUUUUGAAAUGUGCCGAAAUUCCGUCAUCGGUCAAACGGCGCAGCCUUCGCUCGACGCAGUGCACUUGCCCGUUGCGAAAUUCGGGCCGCAACGUCAUUGGCAUUUACCGCCACGUGCGACUGAAAACCAGGAACUGGAAAAAUUGUAGGUGCAGUCUUAAAAACUAUGCAAGUGACCUCUCUUAGCGUAUGUAAUGUGCAGGGAUGUUCGUGGGGGAACGUUGGCGUACGGAGAACCACGGGAAUGCGCUCUCACUGCCAGUCAAAAAAGUUUGUAGCGUGUCCACUUUUUUUGUAAUUUUUAAGCUGUGUGCAGCGAUGUGUGCAAACGAUUCCCUCGGCGUUAUUCCGACGUCAUGUGGAGUGCGAUAUUGUAAAAUGGGGGGCACUGGCUAGCUGACUUUGGUGUCGCGCCGGUAUGCCCCCCUUCCCCUUAAUUCGGCGAAGUGGACAGGGUAGAGUAUCCAUGGGCAAGUUGUGGGAAUGUGAAGAUUUGCUGGUGUAUGUUCAAGUGUGCGGGAACUCUCGAUGUUGACAACUGCUCGUGACAAGAGCUGUCCCGCUCUUUAUUUCUACACAAGUAAAAAAGAAUGGCAAUCCUUUGUAUCGCAAGAUGUUUCCCUGAGCAUUUUUAAUUUUUUUCUUUAAAAGAUUGCAUUAAUGUUUGAAUGCUAAUAUUACUGUAGUUCGUUGCAACUCAAGAAGGUAGGGCGAGGGUAAGACGGGCCGGGGAGGAGGAAGGAGACGGAACGCUGGAGAAGAGGGGGAAACCUCCUUCUCUCUUUAGCGUUCCGUCUGCCUCCUCCCCGGUUCGUCUUACCCUGACCCUACCUUCUUCAGUUGCAAGAAACUAUAGCGGAAGUGCUUUUUUUUUUUUAACUACUGUAACAUACCGGGAGAGCACCCACCCCCGCUUCCACUAAAAAACUGGCUUAAUCUAGACAUAAGCUUUUGUCCGGUCAAAUUGGGCACUUAACGUAUUGCUUGCAGAAUUCCCAAGUUUAGGAAACAUAAUGGCGGGCGCUUGAUUGAAAUGGAUGCUUCUGCAGUGUCUUGCAGUUCUGCGCAGAGCCCUUCUCAUUUGUCUGCCUCUUUUUAUUAUUCAAACGAAUGACUGCUGCAGUGACCUGAGAAUCUAUGAAGUGUAUGUGUUUAAAGAAAUGAAUGGACCUGGUGAACUUGGUGAAACUAGGAACGCACUUAACUAAUUGUACUUUAUACGAAACUGUCGGCAAAGACCCGUGGCUCGAGAACGACCACUUGGAUCGAGGGCGGGGCACGGAGUUGAGUGUUUACCGUGCGUCGAGCGGUUCAAAAGGUUUAGAAGCACGGGCUCUGUUCGUUUCUGCGUGCUAUGUUAGAAGAAAAACAAAUUGUUUCCGAUUGCACACUUUUUUUUUAAAUUUGUACUAUUCCAACGCGGAGAGAGAGUCGUCUGCUUCUUGCACAGGGGUUGUGGUGACGUCGGAACGACACCGAGUUCCAAUUGGCUUUGAUCGGAAGGACAGUGGGCAGACCUCGAUGCUAGAUGCCUUGAGGUCAACCCACUAUUUUUUUUCGAACAGUCAAUAAGAGCUCGGCAUUCUGACACCAUCGCAACCCCCGAGCACGAAGCAGACAAACUCUUGCUCUGCACAGUGUAGGCAACGUGUGGCUGGUGUGUUGCAAUGUGCCUCAACGGUUUAGCACUGCACCACAAACGUUUGCGUGCCAUGUGUAGGAAUUCUUUCACAAUGCUUACAGACCAAAUAAAGAAAACUGCACUUGUG